AUGUUUAUUCGGGCAGACGCGGAGCAGGCGGUGAAAAGGCGCCGAAGCACACCGAAGCACACACACACCCUCCACCACGGCCCUGGCGGAUUAUCCUUCUCCAGGUUCGCUGCGCGCUUCCAUCCUCCCGUGGCCUCGGCGCCCCCUCUCUGUCGACGCGGGGUACCCAGCGAUCGCCCGGCCGCAAAGGACCCUGAUGCACCGAAUCCGCUGUAA